ACUGAUAAUGGGCGCUUGCGUCAUACAGUAGUGGCGUGCUGGGUAAGGUGGGCUGGUGUAAUGGUCCACUCCAGAUAAUACUUUGUCCACAUCAAGCAACAACUAAAGUAUUAAAAAAAAGUGUCGUGUUACUGUUUAUUGUUGUAUUGUUAUCUGCUGGAGUUACUACAACCCCACUUAAAACAAAAAAAUACGCUAGUGUUAACUUGGUUUCAGGGUGUAAGCAGUUGACUAUGUAUUUAUUUGUUCCUGGUAUCUAUGGAAAAGUGAGACUUUCACAAUUCUUCCAUGGACUGUGAAAGAAAAGAUGUUCCGUAGAACAUUAAAGACUGCAUAUGAUUUCAUUGCUUAUAAUCACUCAAUGUGAAUUUUCAAAAUCUUUAUAAAAAUUCUUCCUUAUUUUUCUUGCUUUCCUUUGUAAAUAUAUUAACUUCAUCAACAAAGGGGUUCUUGUAAUUGAGGAAGUGUUCUCAUAGAGAUUUGAUACAAUGGCAAAACUAUUAAAGGUCAUCAGAAAAGUAGGAGAGCAAUACCCUGUAUUGCGUGGGAUGGUGACCUACUCUGUGUUGUGGCCAACAUCCAACGUGGUGCAGCAAUCCCUUGAUAAAACUCGAGAUAGGUACGACCCAAUAGAAUCUCUAAGAUAUCUCAUUUUUGGGACAUUUGGCACAGCCCCAACAGUGUAUGUGUGGGUGAAGCUGGCCAGUAAGAUCAUCAGAGGCAACACUCUCAGGCAUGCUGUCAUGAAGGCUGGCUUGGAGCAGAUUCUCUUUGCACCUGCGGCUCAAACACAGUUCUACCUGGGCAUCACCUUGCUGGAGGGGCUCCCAUGGGCUGAAUGUGUACAGGAAUGGAGGGAAAAACUCAUACCAACCUGGAAGGUUGGGGUAUGCUUCUGGCCAGUGGUACAGACAAUCAACUUUGCAUAUGUGGCAGAGAAGAAUCGUGUUGUUGUUGUCUCUAUGGCAUCUUUCCUGUGGACAAUUUUCCUCUCAUACAUGCAUCAUCUGGAUCAAGAAUCUCUUCCUGUAUUUUUACGGAAGAACACUAACGUCAGUAAUGUUAAACAAAAUCCUGUAGGUGAUUCUGCACCUGCCAGUAGUUCUCACAGGAAGUGGGAUGGGGAUGAUACUAAAGAUAUUUUGUGACAGUGGAAAUAAACUUCAGAUUUAGUCAGUUACAAUGAGCUUGGGAAACAAUUGAAAAGCUACUGACAGUUUGUAUAAAGGAAGCAGAGUAUAUGUAGUGUGUGAGAAAGGUGUGAGUGUAUGUUUUUGAUAAAUCAUAUUGCCAUGUAUAUUUUGUGUUGAUGGGCGGAGCUGUGUGUGAUGGGAGUGAGAAGGGAUAAAAAUGUCUUAUGGUUAGUCCAUGUUGGUAGAGAAUGCAUUUAAUCACAGCUGAUGUAUGUAAGUGAUGCUUUGUUAGCCAAGUCAGAAUAUUUUAAAUACAGAGUCAAGUUAUUUAGGUAAAGUGUGUAACAGAAGAAGAAUAAGAGUAGAGAGUUAGUCUCCUGUUGUAAUGAGAAGGGCAGUCCCAGUAUGUUACUAGUUUGAAGGGUGGAGAGAGUGGUACAGGUACAUUACUACAGUAAUUAAAAAGAAUCAAGGAUUGAAAGAGGUUUGUUUGGAAAGGAAUUGGUUCAGAUCUCGGUAGCCAUCUUAGGUAGGAAUAUUAAGUGAAAUUUAUAAGAAGUUUAAUGUCAAGAGUGCACUGCUGGCUCAGACCUUUUUCUGGGUGUGAAACCUUAAUUUACUGGGUACAGAUAAAUCAGAUAUGAGGGCAGUAUAGAUUAAUAACACAUGCAAUAUUGUCUGUAUUUGGAUCAGAGUACUAUUGAGGAAGAGUAAAUUUAUGAAAAAGAAGAAUGAGAUGAAAGUGUCAUUUGAAAAGUAAGAUAAGAAAGUUAUUAAAGUGAAAGUGUGCUGACACAUUAUUGUCUUGAACAAAGUUUGGUGGACUGAGUCAUUUGUUGUAGAGGAUUCUUAAGAGGAUGGUUGAUGGUAUAUGUUAACGCUCAUAGGAGCGUUAUUGGUUUGUUGCUGGAGAAAUAAACCCUCAACGUUGACGCGUACCAUAUAAUUCGGUCAAAACCUGUUAAAGAACAUUUCUCAUAUAACAAAUG